GCCUUGGAUGCGACCUCCGCUUUCUCUAGUUCUGAUUUGCUGCAAAUCUCUCAAAAAUCUGCAACAAAAGCAUGUGAACGAGACCUUGCGUCCAUUCGCAGUGCUAUUCUUACCACAGGUCACCCACUUGUUCUGAUGGAGGCGACUGGUCUUCUGAACACGAUCACCCCCGUUACACUCCUCAAACAACUGUGUUUAUCGAACCGAAAGGACCUGGCCACUCGAUGGAAAACUCGCCUCGUGCAAUAUGCAAUCUUAUUGCAGAGUGCACAGCUGGCGACUCGGAUGCUCCGCUUUCUCCGUGAUAAGCGCAUGCACCUUCUCAAUCUUGAGGCUCAAAGCAAACGAGAAUGGGAUCCUCUUAAACAUCCUGAUUGGAUCUUGGUUGAGAUUGAUGCCAAUAUUUCCAUUAGGCAGCACCAAGCAGACAUGGCCGUGGAAAUGAUUAGACCACCUGAAGAACAAAAUUCUAUAAUGCAACUGAAUAUGGGGGAGGGAAAGUCAUCUCUGCCGACGCCUCCUCAGCACUCUCGCGAGUAA